AAAACAUCUUCAUUGAAUGAUCUUCAUUGUUAUUUAAUAUAAAACAAUCCAUUAAACUAAUUGAAUGUCACGUAAACGACCAUCAUUUAUGGUACAUGAUUUAUUAAAAGAAACUGAAGUCACAUUGAAACAUUGGCAACAUGAAGAGAUUUUCAAUUUUCCAACUAAAAAACAGGUUUUAUUAGAUGAUAACAAUGAUGAUGGUGAUGAUAAUGUUGAUGGGGAUGAUGAUGAUGAUGACGAUGAUGAUGAUGAUGAUAUCAGUCAUAAUAUGGAAGAGAUUGACAACUUCUCUAAAUUGUAUAGUAAUAAGAUAAAUUUUAUUAGUCAACAGUAUAAAUCUCAUCAUUCCAGUUUAUUUAAUGUAUACACAAGUAAUUGGGAUAAUUGUUUGUUUAGUGUAAAACAUACAAUACCAUUGGAUAAAGAAGAUCUAUUGAAUAAUGAAAAUGAAAAGGCUAAUCAUUCCAAUUCAAUGUAUUUAACAACAUCAUCGACAUCAUCAUCGACAUCAUCAUCAUCGACAUCGUCAUCAUCAUCAGCAUCGUCAUCAGUAUUGACAACAAAAUUUAAUAAAACGAAUGAUCAUGAAAUUUUAUUUUAUCAUGAUAAUAUUAAUAAAAAAUUAAUGAAAAAAUCAAGAAAAGCAAGAACUGCAUUUACAGAUUAUCAAUUAACUGAAUUAGAACAAAGUUUUGAUCGUCAAAAAUAUUUAGCUGUACAAGAUCGAAUGGAAUUAGCAAGUAAAUUAAGUUUAUCAGAUAGACAAGUUAAAACAUGGUAUCAGAAUAGAAGAACAAAAUGGAAACGUCAAACAGCUGUUGGUCUUGAAUUAAUGACAGAAGCUGAAAAUUUUGUAGCAAUUCAACGUUUAAUAGAACAAAGUCCAUUUUGGGCAUAUCAUCCAACAGUUAGAUAUAUUUUAUCAAAUAUAGAUCUUAUUCACAAAUCAUCAUCAUCAUCAUCACCAACGGUUACAACAACUACAUUAACAACAACAAAACCAAUAACAGUUGGAAUAUCAUUAAAUAAUCAUGAAAAGAAUUUAUCAUUUUUCCAAAAUCCACCACCACCACCACCACCACUACCGCCAUUAGCAACAACAACAACACCAACAACAGUGACAAAUGAGUUGACAACAACAAGUUUAGACGUCGAUAAUCAUCAUCAUCAUCACCAUCACCAUCAUCAUUAUAAACAACACCUUCAGAGUUCUAAGAUUAUAAAUACAUUACCAAUGACAACAAACUCAUUACAUAAUGAUAAUAAUGUUAAUAUCAAAUCAUCAUUAUUAUUUAUUCCUUCAUCAGAUAAUAGUACUUCAUUAUAUACUAAAUCGAUUAAUUCAGAACAAUUAGAAAUAAGAAAGAAAUUCAUAAAUUCAUCUAAAAAUCAAUCAAUAUCCAAUCAAUUAUUUGAUAUACAACAAUUAUGGUCAAUUAAAUCAUCUUUUAAUCAAUCAAUCAAUAAUGAAUGUUCACAUCAUCCUACAUCAUUAUCAUCAUGUGUUACAAGUAUUUGUAAUUCUUUAAUUGAAGGUACUUGAAUUAUUCAACUGUUGCUAUAUAUAUUCAUAUUUCUUAAUGGUUACAAAAUAAAUUUUAGAUUGUUUUAA